CAGGUGAAAAACCCAACCAGGAAGUAAACAAUAAUGGCGAUGACUUCAAGAAAAAUAGUUUCUAAUGUUUUAAAACUAUUUAUUAUUUUCUUUAUUCAACAAACACUUUGUGAGAGACCCACCACUAGUUUAUCUUCAACCCAGAAGUUAUCGGAGGACAGGAAUGAGAUCCAUAUGAGAAGUGUCACCCCCACCAAGUCGUCAACUCAACAGGCAAGACUGCACCCGGGGGUCAUUGCAGCUGUGAUAUUCGUUACAUUUGCUGCAGUUCUUGCUGCAGUUUUUAUCAUCAGAAAAUACUGCUUUCCCCGCAGCGAGGCCACAUACAGGUACUCAGUGCUGAGGCGGAUGGAGGCUGAGGGGUCAGGAGGGACUGAGGAGGAGGAGGAGGACGGGCCCGGGCCCUACACACUGGGGGAGGACUCUGAUGAGGAUAUGUUGGAGUGAAUCAUCACUCGGAUGACACUGCUCUGCGCUCAGGUUAGCUGAGGUCGACUGUGAAGUGUGUGCGUGUGUGUACGUGCAUUCGCUAAGCAGUUACCUCUUCUUCUCCUUGCACCCCUUCCAGUCUACACGCCCCCGAAAUGGCUGCGCUCUUUUGCAUUGACUAGUUACAACAGGGCUAUUAUCCACUGAUGCUGGUUCUAAUUCAGGGAAUUGUUGUCAUGACAUGCAUACCUUAUUCUACACAUCUAGACUGUUAAUAAUAUUUGUAAAUAUAUAACCGAUACCAAUGGCAAGCUGACCAAAAUAACCAUUCUUCACAAGUAUAGAAGCUCGUUCUAUUUGUUACUGACCUCUUCAAGCACUGUUUCAGUUGUUGAGUAUUGUUGUGUCAUCUUUAAGUAUUAUUCACACAUUUAUUGUAAACUAUGUGGUACUAUGUUAACGUAACACAGCUGCCCAGGUUUUGUCUUUAAGACACAAAGCUGUUGUGGUUACGUCCUUUAAUUAUUAUAAUUUUUGUUGUCAUUUAGCUCUUAUCCAGAUCGACUUACAGUAGUGAGUGCAUACAUUUUUCGUUGUUUAUUUUCUUUUUUAAAUAUUGUAUAAACAUGUUGUAUAAAUGUAUUUCCCCCUGAGCAGAAAUUCAUAUGUCAAUCAAUCAAUCAAAUGUAUUUAUAAAGCCAUUCUUACAUCAGCUAAUGUCACAAAGUGCUGUACGGAAACCCAGCCUAAAACCCCAAACAGCAAGCAAUACAGGCGUAGAAGCACGUGUUUGCCGUUCUGUGUUUAGUGUUUGCCCUUCUGCACUUUGAAAUUAAAUCAUGUACAGUACCGUUACUGUGAGUUUCUUCAGUGCUUAUCAAUAAAGAGACGCUCUGCUCACCUGGCAUUAUCAACCACACCCCCACACCUGUGUAUGCUAAUCACAUAAACCAACAAUCCAAAGGGUGCAUAUGGAAUCAAGGAAGGGAGCGAUUCCAGUAACAAUAACGCCAUCAGGCCAGUGUAUGCCCUCUUGUCCUGUAUGCCCUCUUGUCCGUUGGCCCAUUCCCAAUCACACUGCUGUGUUCUCCGUUAGGUGUUUGAUUUCAACACUAGAGGACAGUAAAGGUAUGGCAAAAGUAAAUAGAACUGCUAAAGCUGCCUUUCUCAGGUGAAAGGUCUCAUUGUGUUGUAUUGUUUGAUCAAAUAUCCGUUGUCGUGUCCUCCACGGUGUGGCCAUCUUGUUUAUAUGGUGGGUGUGGGCAUAUUACCAUAUCCUGGUUUCACAAUGUAGCUUACAGGAGUGUUGGCAUUUACUCUAUACUAUAGGCUACAGGAUCAUCACUCUUGUUUCUCUAUUGAGGUUGAACACUGCUGUAGGUUUUACAGGAUGACGGUGGAAGUGGGGACUGUUGCUUGAGCUAUACAGCAUGACAGAGGAGAGUACUCCAGGCUGUCAGGAAAUACUUCAGGAAUCUCUUCUUCCAGUGUAAAGAACUGCCAAAAUACCAAGGAAUUGUCUUCUAAUUGGCUGUUGAGAUGAGACCAAGAGACGUUGUGUAUGCUGUUACUUUCCUCAUCGUCAUCCUCGUUAUGUGGGGAAUCUAUACCAACCCACCCUACAUCCAUCAGAGAGCAAGGGUUAUACAACAACAUAUCUUUGGAGCUCAAAGAGCAACUGUGGUCACUGCUGCUGUGCCUGAAAUCUCCCAUCCAAAAUGCAGCCUUUCCAAAAACUGCCCUAUCGACCAUUUUGCAUUUCAAAUCAAGAGUGGAGCAGCGACUGUUGUGGGCCCAAAGAUCUGCUUUGAUGGUAACAUUGUUAUGAGUGGUGUGAUGAACAACGUGGGACCAGGCCUGAACCUAGUGCUGGUGAAUGGUGAAAAUGGGAAGAUCGAAAAAUUUGACUACUUUAACAUGUACUCUGGAGAAACAAAGGCCAUCUUGGACUUCUUAAAGACGAUUAAACCCGGAAUGAUUGUUCUGGUGGCAUCUUUUGAUGAUGCAGCGACAAAGAUGACUGAUGAAAUCAGGAACAUAUUUGCGGGACUGGGAAGCAACAGUAUCAAGGAUGUCAAAUUCAGAGACAACUGGGUCUUUGCUGGAGGCGCUGGGACAGAACAGAAAAGCCCCUUUGAGAAGCUGGCUGCCAAUAAUCAGAAGACCAAUAUUUACGGAAACUGGCCAGAGAUGGUGGAAAUAGCCGGCUGCUUCCCCAGGAAGAUCUGACGUGACAUCCCAUACAGAGAUCUCCGAGUAUACUGAUCUAGAAUCAUGUCCAUCCUAUCCAUGUAUUGUUAUUCAUUAUUAUGUCAAAGGCUAAACAGAUCCUGAAUCGGUACUCAUACUAUAUGAGACGUUUUAUAAGUACAGGCCUUGAUAGACUUCCUAUGAAAAUGGUUCCGGACUGGCUUGAUGAUUGACAGAUCAAACAAACCACUGUCAGGAUCACUCAACUUUAAGGAACAACUUCUCUGUUAAGACUGGGCAUUCAUUGUGUGUUUUUUCAUGUCAGAUUAUUAUGGUUACAUAAUUUUUUGCAAAAUAGAGUAGUUUCAAAGUAUGUAAAACAAUAAAAAAAAAACAUGUGUUUUUAAGAAAUUC